CAACCCUCCAUCCGUCUGCUCUUCUCGUUGGUCUCGAGCCGCGACUUCUACCUCAUCGUGCUUCCAGCCAUCCUCACCUCCAUGCUCGCGGGUGGCAUCGCGCCGUUCAUGACAUACGUGAUUGGUCUCUCUUUUGAUGCAUUUGCACAGUUCCCGACGACGCCAAACCCAUCCGAGUCAGCAAAGUCCGCGCUGCUGCACGGGGUGGGGCUCGCAGCAUUGGAGCUGGUUGGCCUCGCAGCUGGUGCACUUGCCCUCAGCAGCAUCACAUCUAGCUUGUGGAUAUGGACAGGCGAACGUAAUCUCAUGUCCGUACGCAAAAUGGUCUACGCAGCCGUGACGCGCAAGGACAUGCCGUGGUUUGACACCAGGAUGGGUGCCGAGGACUCCGUACAAAGCGCAGAGGGAGACGGACCCCUUGGUGCCGGUGGGCUAAUGGCCAAAUUCGCAAGGGAAACGGACGAGGUCCGCAUGGCUUCGUCUUUGGCCUCCGGGAUGAUCGUGCAGUACCUUACGACUUGUGUAACCUGCUUGGUCCUCGCCUUCACUCGAUCCUGGUCGCUCACGCUGAUCAUCCUCUCUGCCGUUCCUGUGCUCAUGUUCAUUCAAGCAUUGUCGCAGAUCUUUGCCGGUGCCCAUCUUACGGUUGAGCGGGCACAGACAGCUACGGCGGCGACUCUCGUUGACCGUGCCCUCGCUGCGAUUGCCACCGUGAAGGCGUUCAACGCAGAGACGUACGAACAUAGCAACAUCAGCCGCGUGCUUGACGCCAUGCAAACGGCCGCUAACCGGUGCAUCUCCGUCUGGGGCGUCACGUCGAGCUGCGCACAGUUCGUGAUGAUGGCCAUGUUCGUGCAGGGCUUCUGGUUUGGCUCGAAGCUCGUGCGCGACGGCAAAAUCAGCCCGGGCGACGUCAUGUCGGUCUUCUGGGCAUGUCUCAUCGCAACGAGCAACCUCCAAAUGUGCAUUCCGCAGCUCAUUGUGCUCAACAAAGGCAAAUUCUCCAUGGCGGCCCUGGUCGCCCUCGCGGAUUCGACCGUCACUGCUCCCAUAGGACAAUCUAACUCCACUGUGCACGCUCCUUCGAAACUUACUCGCCGCCCAACACACAUCCGCAAGAUUGUGCCUGCGAAGUGCAGGGGAGAAUUCGAGCUCGACAACGUCACGUUUGCCUACCCUUCACGGCCCAGCAUGCCGGUCAUACAGGAUGUUUCCAUCUUCCUGCCCUCCCACGAGAUGUCGUUCAUCGUUGGCGGCUCUGGAUCGGGCAAGUCGACCGUUGCGCAACUGCUCCUGCGGAUGUACACCCCGCAGCACGGCGCCAUUCGCCUCGACGAUCAGGACAUCGCCUAUCUGGAUGAGAACUGGAUGCGCGCACAUGUGUCGGCGGUGUCCCAGGGCUGCAUUCUCUUCGACAUGAGCGUGCACGACAACGUAGCCAUGGGCCUCGCGUAUCCCGGUAGUCCACGACGCCCGGAGGACGUGACGCGCGACGAGGUCCAGCAGGUGUGUCGCGCGGCGCUCAUGCACGAGUUUGUGAGGGACCUCCCGGAUGGGUACGACACCCCCUUGGGUACAGGAGGCGCG